AAUUUUCAAAAUAAAAGCACCGCGCAAAAUGCCGGCGACGAGUUAUCGAUUGGGAAGGCAUAUCGAUAACAAGCCACUGAUCAGCUGGUUUAAACUUACACUUAUGCAAGAAUCUAACAAAAAACAGCAACUUAUACAAACUGCCUAGUAUAAAAGGAACUUAACAAUUGCAACAUCAAAACAUUCAUGAAAUUUUUGUUUGCUGGUAGUGCUGGAGCUACUGGUCAGGAUACGGCCCUCAAAUCUGCCAUGGCGGAGCUGCAUGUCUUUAGCCAUUCAGCCGGUGCAGAAACGCCGCCUCGCAACAGAAUCUAUCACUAAAAACCCGGCAAAUGACCAAGCCGGAUUUACAGAGUGGCGGACCGUUUAUAGCCUGCCGUCCAUAAGAUUUGUGGCUGCAAUAAGUAAGCUGAAAGUCUACCAGACAGUGCUCACGGCAGCUGGAAUGCCCAUAGUCUUUGCCCUCGGAAACGCAGGACAACUGUCCACGGAUGCACUGGCCAUUUACUCUGCUGUGGGAAUCAGUGGUCUGGUCACCCUCACACUCGCCAGUUACGCGGCGGCGAACCUCGUUGGCUUUAUCUACGUGAACGAGCAGCAGGAUCUGAUCAAACUAGCCUACGUUGACUUUUGGGGAAGGCGACAAGAGAGCCUUUUGGAAACAGAGGAUCUACUGCCCAGCUGCGAACAGGCAAGCCCAUCUCGACUGCGAUUCGUUUCGCCCAUCUGCCUGCGUAGCGAUCCUAAGAAGCGAUACAAGCUUCUUAACCGUUUUGGCCAAGUCAGCGAUCCCCAACUAUUUGAGGGUCUCUUUGGAGAUUGAUUAUUGUCGUUAGUAGUAAACUGUUGUAGCGGUGGAAUAUUGUUGUUAUUAAAAUUACUAAACCUUGUACACAGCCGGUUUAUUAUCUUA